CGUACAUUUCAAUAUCACCAUUUUCUUCUGUGAGUCACCAAUGGCAGCUACUGUCAAUUUCUAUGGCCAUCUCCCGCGGCAGACCAUCUGCCCCGAAGGAGUGGCUGGACUCACUUUUGGCUUCUCACCCUUCAAAGGGUCGUCUCAAUCAAUGCAGAACAAGAUGAAGAUAACAUGUUUAAGAAAACGGGCAAGUAACAAAUCAUUCAACAAAAGAUGGGCAAAUAUGGUUGUGUCAGCGGCAGAUGAUUUCGACUUCAAAUUGGGUCCUUCUCCAUCCCAUAUGAUCAAGCAAUUCUAUACAUGCAUCAAUGAGAAGAAGUUGAAGGAACUAGAUGGCUAUAUUUCGGAUGACUGUUUCUUUGAGGACUGCUCGUUCCUUCAACCAAUGCAAGGGAAAAAGGAGGUUAUGCAUUUCUUUGGACAACUUACAGCAGGCAUGGGCCAGAAUGUGAAGUUCAUUCUUGAACAUGUAUGUGAAGAUGAUGAAUUUACAGCAGGAGUGAAUUGGCACCUAGAAUGGAAAACGAUACAGAUACCCUUCACCAAAGGAUGCAGCUUCUAUGAAUGUUCUCAAAAGGAGGACAGACUUGUUAUUAAGAAAGCUCUGGUUGUGAUAGAAUCACCCAUCAAACCAGGAGGCAUAGUUCUGACUCUGUUAAAGAAUGUGACUGCAAUAUUUGACGAUUUCCCAAAAGCUGCAGAAUGGUUACUAAAGAGUCCUCAUGUCAUAAUGCAAUUCUGUUCAAAAAUUUACAGCAGACUUUUGGCACCUUUUGUCAAUCCACUUCUGGCGGGCUACAUCAGAGCCUGGAAUCUCAUUGCAAGAUUAUUUGCUUUUGCACUAAACACAAUACUCCAUUUUCUAAUGAAGUAUUUUGGAUAGGAUGCACUCACUAAAGCUUUUAUGUGCAUCAACACCAACACCAACAGUAGAGAGUAGUAGCUAUGCAUCAACAGUCAGUCAUCAUCACCAUCAUGGCUCGACCACAUCUCGAACAACGAAAGAGCAAUCAAUAGUACAAGAACAGGUGGUAAUGGGGGAGGUCUGCUGAAGGAAACAAUAGGAUCCGUCUUUUCAGUUGGAACUAGCCCUUCUUGGACAGAAGCAUUGCUCCCUUGUUUCUUUGGAGUUGAAGUGACUGCAGUACCUGGUUUCAUGAGCAUGUGAUUACCAGUAAUAAAAGUCUUUAAUUAUAUGUGAUGGUUCAGUGUGUGUGUAUAUAUAAAUGUUUGCUUAAAAGUUGAUGAUUAAAAAAAGGGUUACGGGAAA